GCCCACCCGCCGUUCGACGAAAUGCCGCCGCCGCUCUCCCUCUCGCUCCCCUCGCCGCCGCCUGCCCUCCAGCCCCUCUCCCUCCUCCCGCAGCACGCCAAGGUGCUAUCCCACUCCCUCGCCCUCUCCUCCAGGCCCCCGCCCUCCUCCGUCUGCUCCGUCGUCCCCGCGCGCCACUCCGACUACUUCGACCCCCGGGCCCCGCCGCCGCCGCCGCAGCGCGACGUGUACGGGACACCGCCUCCGACGCCGGCGCAGGGGAGUCCGGGCGCGAGGGUCUUCGCCAGCUACAGCAUCUACAAGGGCAAGGCGGCGCUCGCCUUCGACCCCAGGCCCCCGCAGUUCGUGCCGCUCGAAUCUGGGGCGCUCAAGGUGGUCAAGGAGGGGUUCGUGCUGCUCCAGUUCGCCCCAGCGGUGGCGGCCAGGCAGUAUGAUUGGAGCCGUAAGCAGGUGUUCUCGUUAUCUGUGUGGGAGAUGGGAACCUUGCUUUCUCUUGGUCCAACAGAUUCGUGCGAGUUCUUUCACGACCCUUUCAAGGGGAGGAGCGAUGAAGGUAAAGUUCGCAAGGUUCUAAAGGUUGAGCCAACACCUGAUGGCAAUGGUCGCUUUUUCAACCUCAGUGUUCAAAACCGCCUUUUGAACGUUGAUGAAAGCAUUUACAUCCCCAUAACCAAAGGAGAAUAUGCGGUCAUUGUAUCGACUUUCAAUUACAUCAUACCACACAUCAUGGGAUGGAGUACAUUUACAAAUUCUAUCAAGCCUGAGGAUUCACAGCCAUACAGCAGGCCUCAAUCGUCGCCUGAACUUGAGUGGAGACGGUGACGAAUGAUAAUACCUUUGAAGGAGAUGGCAACUAGGCCGAAACUGUUGGUGGUGUUCUGUCAGAUACAAAAUUCUUGGUGGCGUUGUUUGCAAGUACUUUGGUGCUGGGUAAUCUCUGGUGUAGUUAGGCAAUGAAUAUUUUUAGUUCUGGCCUCUUCCUUUUGCUUCUCGUUACCGCAGGUUGGAGCUCUGUUAUUCAAAUAUUUUGUCUCUGCUAUGUAGAGUUGCACGGAUUGAUCUGUAACUGUAAGACUACAGAUCUCUGUUUUCACUCCAGAAUCAGAGGAAGCAUCUAAUUCUCACUUUUUAAUUCAGGAAUUGCUUCGUGAAA